AUGUCAGCCGAACAAGCCCUCCAAAUCCUCAGCAUAUCCACCGCCCUCAUCGCCUCAGGCGGCAUAUCCGCCUUCUCCCUCUUCUCUAUCCCCAUACUAAAAUCCCAACCCGCAUCACGCUCCCUCCCCAUGGUCCGCUGGCUCUUCUCGCGCGGCUCCCACAUCUUCCCCACCGCCGGCAUCCUCUCCAGCUCCAGCUUCCUCCUCCUCACCUACCUCUCCCUUCCCCCCUCCACCCCCUUGUCCUCCCCCCAAUCCCUCUUCCAUGCCGCACUCCACGGCCGCCCAGCCUACUUCCUCGCCGCCUCCAUCCUCUGCAUUAGCAUCGCCCCAAUCACGAGUUUGCUCAUGAUACCAACGAAUUUCACCUUGAUAAGAAUGAAUGAGGAGCUGGGCGGAUCGAGGAGUCAGAAGUCGGCGGAGUGGAGGAGCGAGAAGGGGGUAGAGGCGCGGAGUGCGGAUCAGUCGGUCGAGGGGGAGCAGGAUGUGAGUCAGUGGAAGGACUUGAGUCCGCCGCAGGAGAAGACGGGGAGGGAGAGUAGUGAGAAGGAGGAUGAGGAGGUGAGGGUGUUGCUGGGGAAGUUUGAGAGGUUGAAUGCGUUGAGGGCGCUGGCGAUUGGGGUGGGGGGUGUGGUUGGGUUGAUGGGGGUUACGGCGUAG